GGGGCGUCUUCCUGCAGGCGGCGCCGGGGCGAGCCGAGCGCUGCAGUCACCGGCCUUGGGACGCGGGGGGCCCGGGCGCUCGGGGGACCGCGUCCGAGGCUUGGGGCGCGCUGCGCAGCCGUCGGUCGCCGCUGCCCGCGCUCGUGUGUCGCUGCAAUCGCCGCGGCCGCCGCCGGUUACGCCAGCCCCGUCGCCGCCCGCUCCGAUUCUGCGCACAGGCGGCCCCCAAGCCUGUCAUUCUGCAAAAACACAGUUUACUCAACACGCCGCACACACUCGCGCGCACACAUACACACACACAGACACAUAGACACAGACACGCGCGCGCGCGCGCACAUACACAUACACACACGCACGCACACACGCGCUCACGCGCGCGCGUAGUCCGGGCCCCCCGCGCGCACACGCACGGGAGCGCGCGAGCGAGCAAGACGCGCACACCCGGCGAGCCAAGUUCCGCAGCCUGGCAUGGCUUCUGGGGACCUUUACGAGGUCGAAAGGAUUGUGGACAAGAGGAAGAACAAGAAGGGGAAAUGGGAAUAUCUCAUCCGAUGGAAAGGCUACGGCAGCUCCGAGGACACUUGGGAGCCAGAGCAUCACCUCCUGCACUGCGAGGAGUUUAUUGACGAGUUCAACGGGCUGCAUGUGUCCAAGGACAAGAAAGUGAAGUCAGGAAAGCAGGCUGCAGCCUCCAAGCUCCUCCGUGACACCCGCAGCCCACCAGUGGAGAGGCUCCCCCACAGGCCCCUGGAGCCCGGCAAAAGCAAAUCAGCUUCCCACAAGCGGAAACGUAUCAACUCUCCCCUGUCCAGGCCCAAGAAGGGGUCUUCAGGGAAGGCCCCUGGGGCCACUAAGUCUGUGUCCUAUAGGACUACUCCCAGUGGCUUGCAAAUUAUGCCCAUGAAGAAGGCUCAGAAUGGCUUGGAGAAUGGAGACGCUGGUUCUGAGAAGGAGGAGGUGCACUUUGGAAAUGGGUCCCAUCAGCUGGAUUUGGAUUUGAGUGACCAGGUUGGAGAACAGGAUGCCAGCGACUGUGAUGGGACCCAUUCUGCGCUGGUGGAGAAUGGAGUUGGCCCUGCUCUGACCAACGGAGGCCUGAACCUGCACAGCCCAGUGAAAAGGAAGCUGGAGACAGAGAAGGAUUAUGUCUUUGACAAGAGGCUCAGAUACAGCGUCCGCCAGAAUGAAAGCAACUGUCGGUUUCGUGACAUCGUGGUUCGGAAGGAAGAGGGCUUCACGCACAUUCUUCUGUCCAGCCAGACUUCAGAUAACAAUGCCCUGACACCUGAGAUCAUGAAGGAGGUCCGGCGAGCGCUGUGCAACGCGGCCACAGACGACAGCAAGCUGCUGCUGCUCAGUGCAGUGGGCAGUGUGUUCUGCAGCGGACUGGACUAUUCCUACCUGAUCGGCCGGCUGUCCAGUGACCGGAGGAAGGAGAGCACUCGCAUCGCAGAAGCCAUCAGAGACUUCGUGAAAGCCUUUAUCCAGUUUAAGAAGCCCAUCGUGGUAGCCAUCAAUGGGCCGGCAUUGGGCCUGGGAGCAUCCAUUCUACCCCUCUGUGACAUCGUAUGGGCCAGUGAGAAGGCCUGGUUUCAGACACCAUAUGCUACCAUUCGCCUCACACCUGCUGGCUGUUCCUCCUACACCUUCCCCCAGAUCCUGGGUGUGGCGCUGGCCAAUGAAAUGCUGUUCUGCGGGCGAAAACUCACUGCCCAGGAGGCGUGCAGCCGGGGCCUUGUCUCACAGGUCUUCUGGCCCACGACCUUCAGCCAGGAGGUCAUGCUGCGGGUGAAGGAGAUGGCAUCCUGCAGUGCGGUGGUUUUGGAGGAGUCCAAAUGCUUGGUCCGGAGCUUCCUGAAGUCGGUGUUGGAAGACGUGAAUGAGAAGGAGUGUGUCAUGUUGAAGCAGCUCUGGAGCUCCUCCAAAGGCUUGGACUCCCUCUUCAGCUACCUGCAGGACAAAAUCUAUGAAGUCUGAAGGGCCCCAGCUUGUGAGCCUCGCUGCUCAAGGGUACCUGACUUCCAGCUGGGCCUGUGUUUCUGCCAUCGGAGCCCAGGGUCCACCCCUAGCCAAGAGUUUGUCAGGGUGUGUCUUCACACCUAGGGUUGUGUCCAUUCCUUGUGUCCUUCGGUUGUUCCUCAUUGGUUUGAUUUUGAUGUAACGGUGGGAAACGCAGUAUCCUUGGCCUCCCGUGUCCCUAUCCCAGCCCGGCCAUAGAGCUUUCCAGGGUUACACGUUUUCAGGGCUCUGCCAGGCACUGCUUCCCUUUCCCCACUUAGCUGAAACGCUAAACCGCCAUGGUCCAGAAGGGGACGAUCAACUUCCCCCAUCCUCCCGACUCAGGCUGUGUCUACACAGUGCCUCCAACUUGGAGAUGAGGCCAUCAUGGGUCCUGAUGAAAUGAUCUGGGACCAGGGGACAAUCAUCUUAGGGAAUUCGCAGACCAACAAGCACAUGACUCUGUUGGCCCAUAGGCCUGGCUUCAGGCUCCUCUCCAGUGCAGCUCGGUGUGAUUCUUAGGGCUUGGUCUCAAAACCCAACUGAGUGAUUUACAAACCCAGAUAUUGUACAUUUAGAAAUGUUUUGUUAAAUAUAUAUUUUUAAAACAAUGUAAGUGGAAAUUCUGAUAAUUUAUGUGUAUUAUAUGUAAAGCUAGUUUUGCAAAAAAAACAUGAAUUACUAGGAAAAUUUUUCUUUAUUCGGAUUUAUUUUAUUUAUUUAUUUUUGUUUAUAUAUUAUGAAGUCUAUUGUUCACACAGAUCUUAUUUUCAUACUGCCCUGGACCAAAUACGAUUCAAGGUUCACGCUGUUUGGUGCACGCUCGCCACGAGCCAUGUGGGAAGUUCAGAGAUGAGAAUGGAAGGGUUUUUUGUGGAUUUGAAAUGAACAACACUGUGUCAGGUCCUCUCCAGGUCACUCUCAUAACAUGAUGCCGGUUCUCUAGUCUUGUUUUUAGGAUAAGUCAUGGUGGCGUUUUCUCUGUCACUCACUGUCAGUAAGAGGAACCUAGGACUCUGGUGAUCCCAAAUGGUCUCAGAGCAGGACCCGGUCCUUAGCUGAGUGGCAUCAAGGAAGGAUGGGGGUGCGGUCCUGUUUCAGGAUGAAAUAUUGCCUAGGCUGAGGUGUUCUUUUGCUCUGGGAUAGAUAAAUGAACUUGGAUUUCCAAGACCUUUCUUCUCAUAUGGAAGUUAAUGUCUUAGUUGGCCUUCUGGGAGUGUUGAGAAAGAAAACCCAGUCUCUGGAGUUUUUCUAGGGUCCAAACCAUUUUGCUUCCAGAAGUCUGAACAAUGAGUCUUCUUUUUUUUUUUUUUUAACUGGGAGACUACAAGGGAGCAGUAUCCAGCAUGGAGGUCUCCUUGCCUCGAUGGCUGUGGGCUAUGGGAGGCCUCCAGUAGCUAUGUUCACGUGAUCCAACUAAAGUCCCUGGAUCUGCAUGGUAGGGGAGUUUGAAUUUGAGUUGAUAAAGAAACAGGAAAUAGAAGGAAGAGAGGCUCCAUUGUGCCUGGAACCUCAAACCUCUUUGAGAUCAUGUGCCCAGAGAAAAUUAGACCAUCAGGGUGCCUGGAUUGUUCUAGAUGAGUUCCAGAUCUUGACCUCUGUUCUUUCUAUUCCUUUCCCUGUGAGUUUCCAGUCUUUCUUAGCCCUGCUUUGGAGACAGUGGGGUCCAGUACUGAGUUGGCACCGCUUGAUGGGGGUUAGGGGAGUGGGGAGGUGGGCUGCAAAGAAGGAGAGUUGGUUCUCUGCCUGCUCUCGACCGGGAAUAGCUACCCCAAGCCCCAGGUGGAAGAAUGACACAGGUGGUUGAAUGUUCACAUGAGAACAAGUGAAGGGGCCCGACUCUACACCUGGGAGACGGAGGCAGGAGGAUUGCUGCGAUUUCAGGUCCCUAGCCAGGGCUACAUAAGACCCUGUCUCUAGCCAGGCUGUGGUAGCCUUUAAUCCCAGCACUCAGGAGGUUCCCAUGUGCGCUGACCUUGUGAUCCUCAGGAUGACCUUGCUUCCCUCUAUGGAAAGCGUUGGGAGUCAGAAAGGUUCAAGACGGUCGGAGUUACACUUCUCCAUUCUCUUUCAGCCUGUGCCACUUGGGCCAUGCAGAGACUGAAGGGACAGCCACUUUGGCUGUGUUCAGUCACAGGGAAACGGAAUCGAAUCCUAUAGUUCCCUGGUGUCCCAGUAGAACACUGUAGGAGCUGUAGGCUGGGGAGCAGAGAGUUAAUAGAGGAGCGCUCUGGAUUCUGCCAGGUGUCUGUGGUUGAGCCUUCUCUAUUAGAUGAGUUCCAUGUGCUUCAUCCAAACCCUUAAGAUGGCCCUUGUUCUUGUGUAUGUCUCCAAGCCUCUUCACAACUGCUGCUUCCUCUAUGGGUCCCAACCCUCGUGCUUUCUGAUUAAUCCGCGUUUGUCCAUAGGGAGGCAAGGGGUCAGGAUUCUUCCUGGAAAUGGAAAGGGAUGUUUAGAAAUGCCUGUUAUCAGUGUCCGUCUCUGAUUCCUGCUGAUACAAUCAGAGUUUUAACUUUGGGUCCUUGAUGAGCACCAAACCUCUGAAUGUGUCAAGGGUCUGUGAUGACCGAGAUAGACAUAGAAUUCUUUCUAAGGUGGAAUUCAUAUGGCUCGUUUUAAGUCCUUUCAAUAAGGUGGUUCUGCCAAGGGACACAAGUCCUUUAGUCAGUCUGCCGCAGGGGUGGCUAGACCACUGGAAUGGCUGUUUUCAGGGUUGCCCUGGGGGUAGUGUGUCAUUGAAUGCAGCUGACCUCCAGCAUACUGAACAGGGAUGGAAAAUACCAGCCUAUGGUUGUAUUCAGAUUGUCAUUGUCAGGUUUGUGCAGAAGAAAGGUCACUUGUUGUUGCUGGUCACCAAUAUAGUAAAAGAGAAAGACUUUUACAAAACUAUAAAUUUUGAUUAAUGUUAUGGGAAAAGUAAAAUAAAUGAGAUGUCAGAAUAUAAAAAAAAAAGCUUUCUUGAGGCAGGGUGCUGGCUUUCAUCUUCUAUCUUGUACCCCAGUGUCCUCUCUGCUCCCAUGAGGUCCUUCUGUUUGUCCCUUUACCUUCCUUGUUCCUUUCCCAUGUCAUCCUUUCCUAGAGCCUAAGUAAAUCUUUGAGGAAUUGUGUAGAUGGUCUUAGAAGGCCCAACUCAAGAGUUCCUUUGAGUUUGGAAGGACAGCUAUGGGUGAGAAUUAGAGAGUGCCUGUUCUGAGUCAACAUCCCUUCUAGCAAGCCACUCAGGACGCCCCCUGUCUGCCACGACCUUGGCGACGGCAACUUCCAGUGUGAGGAUAUGACGUGGUUGGGGUUAGAUGCUUUGAUCCCCGAGACUUUUGAAGAGUUAUGGUUAAGAUGGCCAGACCACCUCAGCACAUGGAGGCCACUUUGUAAUGUGGCUGUUCUUUUAUUCAGGUGACCCUUUCCUGUUUCGAAAUAAAGUCUGAGGGGAAACACGUUAUGCUGAGAAGAAAGUAAAGACUUAAAAGCUUAUUCUUUGGCAUAGGUCAAACUGGGAAUUGUCCUCUCGGAAGCAUGAAAAGCUGGAAUUCAAUAUGAGGACGGGAAAAUAACCACAGCAGACUUUGAACAAUGCAAUUUUAUCUCUAACUCUCCUUUACAAAUUGCCUCCGCCGAAUGCUGAAUUGUAUCCCCCACUCCUAACUCCUGGUUUCAAAAAUAUCUUUAGAAGUUUGUAAUUUUUUUUUUUAAAUUUGGAACUUAGUCCCACUCCGCACACUUUUUCAAUCUAGUUUCUGUAGAAGAUUUUUUUUUAAAAAAAAAAACUAAUAAUGAUAAUAAAAAUCCCCCAAAUCUUCCUAUGGGAACAUUUAGAAGGAAGGCCCGCUUCUCUUGUGUUUCUGUUGUAUAUAUGAGACAAGAUGCCCUCACUAAUAGACACAGUAUUUAAGACUCCAAAUGAGAUUUCUUAAGUAUUUUAUUUUAUUCUCUGUAAAUGGUUUUGUAAAAAUCUCGAAAAUAAAUCUCCACUUUGCCUUUGUAGAUACAUCUUCGGGGGCUUGUCUUGCAUGUGGGUUUUUUGUUGUUAUUGUAACUAAGUGCCGCUUAGUUCUUUCUGCGGGUUUUGGUUGAAAUGCUUAUAGACUUUAAUACAGUAUAUAUAUUUUCAGAAUAUAAACUUUUAUAUUUCUGUGGUAAAUUAGGACAUGCGUUUUAGGCAAUCUUUUCCAUUAAUAUCACUUCUUCCUUCAAAAAAAAAAAUAGAUCGCAUACUGGUUUGGUGCCAAUUUUUUUUUAAUCCAAGUCUUACAUUAAGAAAUCAAGUCAAUUUUCUUUUUUUUUCUAGAAGUCAUUGCGUUUGAAAUCUAAUUUGAACACGUGUUGAAUUUGUGGAAUAAGCCUUACCAUUAGGUUCAAUAAUCCUGCUGACCUUCAAAACUACGUGUGUAGUUCAAGCCCCCCCCCCACGCCCCUCAUAAAUUCUGACUGUGUGGCAGUUGAUGGAGCUGUGAACAGAGCCUUAAGGUUGUUGCAAAAAAUAAAUAAAUAAAAGGAUAAUACGGGUUGUUUCCUCCAUGUAAGCCAUGUUAGUGGGCUCGAUGCAGUCUGUAGCUCGUGGCUAACCGGAAGAGAGUGGUGGAGUCGAUGGUGGCAGGGACCAGAUGGAUUUCUUGAUGGAUGUCUUUGGCCAUCACAUGGUCAAGGCCAGGCUUUCUGAACCACUGUCCUUCUAGUCACAUGGUUUGGAGAUGGUAACAGGGAGGGCUGCGGAUUCAUCGUCUGUUCUAAACAAAUGACAGUUCCUGCUCCUGACCCCGGUGGGGACUCCAGGUUCCUUGUGGGUGACCUGCAAAUGUCCAGGGUAGCUAAAGUCAGCAGUCUCUGAGAGAUGCUAACAAAGUUUACAUAAAAGUCUUACUAUGUAGACAAUCUGGAGUCAGUUUUUGUUCUGUCAUUGGCAUUGCCAUGCGUCCUUGGUGUUUCUGUGAGGAAAUGUCGAGACAUGCUAGACUGGAGUUUGGCAGGAUGGGCAUACUGUAGACACAGAGCAUGCACAGCAAGUGAGCUGGUUUAGCCAGGGUUUUUUUCAGUGGCACAGAAAUCCCAGAUUUUAUCAGCAGUGGGCAUAGUGAAUCUUGGAAUCUUAAAGAGUUAAUUCUCAAAAAUUAAAUCCCAUUUUUGGUAGGUGGCACUCUGGCCAUUACCAGCUGAUUCUCCUUAUCAACCUUUGGAAUAGGAGCAUGAGUUCAGGGCUGUGUGGUUAAGCAUUGGGGUCCCUCUUUAGGAAGUGUCCAAAGUCGCCUUUUCAGCAUUAGGGUUGAGAAUGGCAUGUGCUCAUGUAGUCAGUUCAGAAGACCUGAUGUCUAGGGUUAGCUUCUGCCUUGCAUCUCUGGGUUGGCUUCACCUCUUUGUCUCAACAUCUAGUCUUCCGCUGGAGCGUGUUAAAUUGACUCUGGAAAGUUCAGAGGGUGUAGAGUUUUCCACCUAGUAUUUAAUUUGCCAUUAUGCCAUUAGUUCCAGCUUGAAGUUAUUUUCUAAUGGCUACAUUGACAAGGCUGUGAAAAUAACUGCCUUCCAUAAAACCAAGGACCAAAGAAUUUCAUUAUUCCAACCAAGCAUGAGUUUCGUAGCCUGUAGGCACAUCUGGGUCCAGAUGUGUGAGCUUCAUGGGCACAGAGGAAGCCUUGGUUCCCCCAAACUCAUGCUCCCCUAACUGGCCAUGCAGAGAAGUUGACUAUCUCGUUGAAAGGCUCUGAAGGAGAGUUUCUGCGAUUGGAACUUAGUAUCUCAGGUGGGUGUUUCUGCUGUGUGGUCUCAGCUUUCUAUUUAUCCCAUUACAAAGUGGAACUCUGGGAUCCCGCCAGGUUGUCUGAACACCGUAGACUCUUCCAUUUGUGUGUGGGCCUCCGGCUGAAGUUUUGUAGCUAGGUCUCCAGGGAUGCAUCCUGUGACUGCCAGAUGUCCAUCCCUUUAGUUCCUCAUCAAGCCAUUCCACUUCCUGCUUAGUAGAGCAGGAAUUUUCCUCAGCGGCCCCACCAGGGGAUGCCCCUCAUUCUCAUUCUCAUUCUUGAUGAUGUCAUUGACUUCUUUACUAAUCCAGAGAUGACUGGUGUUAAAGAAGUGCUAUUCUAUUGGUAAGGCUUAUUACCAAACUUCUGAUAAUGAAGCAGGCUACCAAAAACGUGUCCAGCUCACUCUAGGAGUGUUUGGGUUUGAUCAUGGAUGUAGCGUACACACCAAAAUCCAUGGAUACCUUUACAGGUUAGGUUACUCGUUUUCUUUUGCCAGAUUUUCACUGGAGAGUCCUUAGUUUUGGAUACUUGUAAGUAUGAGUCCUUCAUAGAGUUAUAUGCAGGUAUAGCUGGCCCAUUCUCCACAUUGUAAAUAUUUUUCCCAAACUGGGUGCAGUACUGAGGGUAAUAAUCUUCUGAUUUAUCAAAUGCUGUCUGGAGCAAAUCGUCCACUCUUUGUGAAUGGUCCUGUAACGUAUAUGAACAUAUUUCUGGGUGCCUUAGAAGUUGUAUUUUUCAUGUGUGCUAAUAUGCAGUAUUUAUACAUCGUGAGAAGCUGCUUUGAAUAAAAAGAUUGAAACUUC